AUGGCCAUCGCGGAACGCACGGAACGCGUAAUCGAAGUCCUUGACUCCGAAGACGAGCCGUUCACCUCUUCGCCUGAGGCGCCGCUGAACAGUGCCGUUAGCCAACUCGAUGGGACAGUUGGCGAGCCGCCGCAGGACGCUCCAGCGCGAGCGGGCAGCUCUGUCAAUCGGACCGAAGAUAGCCAUGCAUACAAAGUUGCAGAGCACGAUGAACAGCCAGUCGCGUUGAGCGACACUCAAUCAAAUGAAAACAUUGCAAGAACUAACCCCCAGUGUGACGCGCUUCAAGAGAACACCACUGAUCUCAACCUUCCUCACCAACACGGCCCUUCGCUUACUGACACAUGCGGCUCUUCUAACUGGCAUUCAAGUGUGCCCACCGAUCUGUCUUCCCUGCAGAUCUCAAAAUCACCAGAACCAGCAUCUGGCGGCAACGUGAAGGGGCCGAUUACCGAGACUGAGGAGAGCAACUUCCAUCCCACUGUCGAAACAUCGAACGCAACAUCGGAUGCAAGUUAUGCCAACCAACAUACCCUUGCCGCUGACACUCAGCUAUUGAACGACGAUGAACCGUCUGUCUUAUCUAGUAUGAAAAACACCGUCGAAUCUGCAUCACUUGAAGCCGCGCAUACAGUCUCAACACUAGAAGGUGGCCUGCCGACUAUAAAGCUCGCAGAGCAUGGCGAGGCAGGCCUGCUGCAUUUGGAAGGAGAGCCCCUUCUACAGGAUCAUCAAGCUGAGAGAUCUCAGUCUAGUCCACGUGCCGGAGAAAACGCCCAGAGGGACAGCACUGACCCUUACGAUGUUGAUUUCCGCGGCUGUUCGUUGCCACCUAGCCUCACUCCGGGUGAUAUUUCGAGUUCUGCGAAUGAGCGCCUUCUUAAGCGAUCGACCACCACAGAAAGAGCUUUUCCUAUCACAAGGAGGGUACCGUACAAAGACUCGGAACACACCGAAAUGCCGCAGAUGCCCAGAUCAGCCAAAGAAGAGGAAAACAUCCAGCCAAUAAUAUCACCCACAAAGGAUCCAAGCAUUUUCAUCCGUAACGUCACUAUGGAGCACCCCGAUCCUGACGUGUCUAUGGAUGUCGUUCAGCUGCCUCUAAAACGUAAGCAGCAGCAGGUUGGAAGCAUUGGAGAAGAUAACGAAGUUACUGCGGAUCUUGCACCGGCCCUGGAUUCGACGAUCCAAUCGGCUCACCAACUCGACGCAAAAGUCAGUGAAGCUCCGAAUAACACUCAUUUGAACGCGAGCUUGUCAACAGUCGAUGCACCACUCGAAGAGGCAAGUGCCAUUCUGCAUGAAUUAAGUGAAACUCAAGAUGUUGCCGAGACACAGUUGAGAGAUCGGAAAGGGAACGAGAGUAUGGGAGUGGGAAGGAGGCCUGACCCUUCGAUGGUAGCUGAAACUUCUCGUGCGGAAUCAAUUCCAGGAUACAGUCUGGACUCAAUUACGCAAACUUCUUCAUUCGCAGCCUCGAUCACCGAAGACACGCAACCAAUCAUAGCGAAGAGCGCACAAGAAAUCACUCUCGAGGAAUUGAGGGCAAAGCGAGCUGCUCUCAUCUCAUCCCUUGCUGCUUUGCCUGUCAUUCGAGACCUCAUCGCAAGUACCGAGUCUCUGCAUACGAGCUCUCAAUCAUCCAAUUCAGAACCCACCGACAGUGAUGUCAUGGCUGCCGCGCAUAAAAUCAACAAAAAGCAUAUCAAGCUCUUGCAUGAGUACAAUGAGAUGAAGGACGUUGGCCAGGGUUUGAUGGGUCUCAUCGCAGAUCAGCGUGGCGUGAGGAUUGUGGAGGUGCAAGACGACUUCGGUGUUGAUGCUAAAGAUUGA